AUGGAAAAUCUUCAAUCGAAAAAGCAGGCUUCGGCUAUGGAACUUGAGAGCCACCGGCAAUCACCACCGAUGCCUAGCCCAGUUAAAAAUAUAAUAUUUGUGGCAUCUAUUGCAGCCGGGGUCCAAUUCGGGUGGGCCCUACAACUCUCCCUCCUGACCCCAUACGUACAGCUCCUUGGCGUCCCCCACACCUGGUCCUCCUUCAUAUGGCUUUGCGGCCCCAUCUCCGGAAUGCUUGUCCAGCCCGUCGUCGGCUACUACAGCGACCGAUGCACCUCCCGUUUUGGCCGCCGACGCCCCUUCAUCGCCGCCGGCGCUGGCCUCGUAGCCGUCGCCGUAGUCCUCAUCGGCUACGCCGCUGACUUCGGCCACCUCUUCGGCGACUCCUACACUAAAUCGCCGAAAACUGGCGCCGUCGCCAUCUUCGUCAUUGGAUUCUGGAUCCUCGACUGCGCCAAUAACACACUCCAAGGCCCCUGCCGUGCCUUUCUUGCCGACCUCUGCGCCGGCAACCAAAGUAAAACCCGAAUGGCCAACUCCUUAUUUUCCUUUUUCAUGGCCGUCGGCAAUGUCCUCGGCUACGGCGCCGGGUCCUAUACUAAACUUUACCGUAUAUUCCCUUUCACAAGAACCCAUGCAUGUGAUCUCUACUGUGCAAAUCUCAAAAGCUGUUUUUUUCUCUCCAUUUUAUUGUUACUAUUCUUAACAAUAUCAGCCCUGUGUUUAGUACGUGAACAGCCGGUAAAUACCGUUGAAGUGAAGGAGAGCAACGGGAAGGGGAGUAGGUUACCAUUUUUCGGGGAAAUAUUCGGUGCGGUGAAGGAGUUAAAAAGGCCAAUGUGGAUCCUACUGGCGGUGACGUGUAUUAAUUGGAUUGCUUGGUUUCCCUACUUGUUGUACGACACUGAUUGGAUGGGGAAGGAGGUGUACGGAGGGAAGGUUCACCAGAAGAUUUACGAUCGUGGUGUGCGUGCGGGUGCAUUAGGGCUGGUGCUGAACUCGGUAGUGUUGGGGGUCAUGUCCCUCUCGGUGGAGUUCUUGUCGCGUAAGCUUGGUGGCGCGAAGCGCUUGUGGGGUGUUGUCAACUUUAUAUUGGCCAUCGGCUUAAUGUUGAUGGUGUUGGUCUCCAAAUUGGCUGACUCUUCGCGGCGUUUCCCGCCCGGUGGUGGUAACGAGCCUCUGCCGCCUUCUGCCGGUAUUAAGAGCGGUGCAUUAGCUAUAUUUGCGUUAUUGGGCAUUCCUCUCGCGAUAACUUUCAGCAUUCCCUUUGCUUUGGCAUCCAUAUAUUCUAACACUGCUGGAUCAGGACAAGGUCUUUCUCUUGGAGUUCUGAAUAUUGCAAUAUGUGUACCGCAAAUGUUCGUAUCCGUAGUUAGUGGACCGUGGGAUGCUCUCUUUGGUGGCGGUAACCUACCCGCAUUUGUCGCGGGGGCAUUUUUUGCAGUUGUAAGCGGCGUGUUGGCAUUGACCAUGCUCCCAUCCCCAACUCCAAAUGAUCAAUCUGCAAAAAUGCCAACCGUUGCUUCAUUUCAUUGAAGCAAAUAUCUUUAUUUAGGAGCUAAUUAACUCUUUUUUUUUUUUUUUUUUUCAAACGGUUGUUGGGUUUUUCAGUUUUUCGGCUUUCUAUUCGAGAGAGUGGCUAUUUCUUUGUGUAGACUUGGUACUUGGUUAUAAUACUAUAGGGAGCUUCGUUUAAUUGUGUUUUUAUUUACAUUAUUACUUAAUUGUAAUGUGAAAUAGCUUUUGUGCUUUUGCAUAUUUCAUCGACUACAAAACAUUAGAUUGACCAAUGUUUAUCCAUUUUUUCCUCUUAAACUAUACUCCAUAUAUCUAUAAUCUAUUAAAUAUCUAUAUGCUAUUUUUUUUUUUUUUUUUAAUAAUA